UUUUUUUUUUUUGAGAUAAGGUGUUGCCCAGGCUGGAGUACAGUGGCUUGAUCAUGGCUCACUGCAACCUCUGCGUCCCAGGUUCAAGUGAUCCUCCCACCUCAGCCUCCUAGCUAGCUGGGACAACGAGUGUGCGCCACCACAUCCAGCUAAUUUUUGUAUUUUUGUAUUUUUUUUUUGUAGAGAUGGGGUUUUGUCAUGUUGCCCACAUUGGCCUCGAACUCCUGAACCUUCUCACAUCGGCCUCCCAAAGUGCUAGGAUUAUUUUCCCGUUUUAUUGAGGGGUGGAAACUGAGGCCCAGUGAUGCUUCAGUGGAGACCAGCUUGCCUGGGGCUUACAGGAAGCUGUUCACAAGGUUCUUGGGGCUCUGUCCCAGGUUGUCACCUAUACUGAGGGCUGGUCCUGGGCGAGGACCAGGCUUUGGGGGCAAGAACUUGCGCCUCCUUGUUACUUCCACUCCAGGCCUUCCCCACGGAGCUCACCUGUGGAGAGGUUUCCUCUGCCAAGCAUUUCAUCAGGAAACAGUGAGUGAGGGUGCAUCAUUCACUGCUCUGUCAACGUUGAACAUUUGGGUACAGGAAGAUGCCUUGGCUCUUUGAGGUCCCGAUGGCAACUUGCAUCCCCAGAUCCAUCCUCAGAGGCCUGGGGCUGGGAGCAUCCCCAGAUCCAUCCUCAGAGGCCCAGGGCUGGGAGCAUCCCCGGAUCCAUCCUCAGAGGCUCGGGGCUGGGAGCAUCCCCGGAUCCAUCCUCAGAGGCCUGGGGCUGGGAGCCACCACCACCCAGCUCCAUGCGUUCCCAUUGGUGGGGUCUGGGUCUGCGCUGAUGAGGCGCUUGUCACGCUUAUCCUGGAUUAUAUUCACAGGCAGGUAACUCGGGGUGGUGUGACGGGGAGACACAGGAGGGAGGAGCAGGGAGGGCAAGAUGAAGGGGAGCAGUCUGGGAAGGGGGUGACUCCAGGCACAGCUGCACGUCCCUGGGAUUUUCAGGGGGAGCUCUGGGGGUUCAGAGUGGCCUCUAGUUUGUCCUGGUGCAAAGCAGGGAACCCGGGCUACGCCCUGCCCAGGUCAGCCUUAGGUUAAGGGCUGCCUGGGGGAGGGAACUUCCUGGGCCUUCGGGUCUCUGUGCACUGGGGUGGCUCCUGUGGCCCAGAACGCCCUGGAGAAGGGUCCUACUGGAAGCGAAGGUGCAGGGCAGCAGUGGGUGAGGUGCAGGAGCUGGUGGAGGCUUCCAGCACAGGUCACGGCCCCAACCACAUCACUGCUGAUGGUGGGGGGACUUGGAGAGUUUCCCCCGAGAAUGGGAGGUCUCACAGUCCCCACGCUGCAAUGCUGUCGGCGCACUGUGUCUGCGGCACACUCAUGGUCACUCACUUUUUCCCUGUGGCCCCGGCCACUUUAUCUAGCAAGCAGCCCCCUCUCUGGAGAAGCCGAGCCUGGACACCGCCAGGAGGAGGCCACUCUCUCCCUUUCUCGAAGGGCACGCCGUCCUCGUCCUUGCUGACUCCCAGAGGCCCAGGGACGUCUGAGGGGGAGGGGCCGGGCCUCCUUGACCCCUGCAUGUGGAUACCAUGUGACUGGGGCGUGGUUGACUCUCUGUGUCCGAUUGGGUGCUUGGCAAACACAGAGAGUUUUGUCCAAGGCCACCUUGGUCCCCACCUGUCCAGGUUGGGAGGUGCCCUGCUUGGUGUGGCCUGAGCUGAGCACCUCUGGCGGGAGCAGACAGCCCCGGCUCCCCCAAGACAUGUCACCUGGAGAGGUGGCCCUCUCAGGCUCCGUCCUCCUUCCCCGCGGUGGCCCCAGCCUCCCCGCCAAGCUUCCCGGCCCCCGCCCCAUCCCGGGCCUGCUGCCGCGGAGACCGUGGGCCGUCGCUGGACGGCGCGGCCUCCAGAAGUGAUAGCUAAUUGGGGAGAGAAAGGGCCCAAUUGUCUGGCGGGGCCGGAAGAGCCGCGUGGGCUGCUGAAAGCGCCGGGAGGAGGUGGCCGCUUCGCCCAGCAGCUGCCGCCGGGGAUGUUUGCAGAUUACGUCAGCCCUGGCGAGCAGGGGGCGCGGGGACAGCGAGGGGGGCGGGCUCCCGGCGGCCUCCCGCCCCCCAGGCCCCUGGACAAUGCUGUCAUUGUCAGCACAGAGAGUGGUUAAUUCUGGAUGAAUGGUACACGGGCCUCUUGACCAAGGAGGCUGCUUGUCGUCCCCAGUCUGUCCUCUCACAUGCCAGGGAGGCCCUGGGCUGGAGUCUGGCAGGCAGAUCUGGCCUGCUUGGUGGCACCGGAGAGAACAGGGCGGUCCCUUGGGGGCGCCGGCUGCAGAGGCCCCAGGCUGGACGGAGCUUCCUGACCUGGGUCUGCACGGCGGCCACUUGGCAAUGCCAGGCUAGGGUGGCAGGGCUCCACUGCAUCUCGGUUCCAGGGCACAGGCUGCUGCUGCCCUUUGGGGCUGACCUCAGGCAUGACCUCCUGGCCAGGUGGCAGCUUUGGCCCUGACCCGCUCCUGGCCCUGCUGGUGGUGAUCCUGCUAGCACGCCUCAUCCUGUGGUCCUGCCUCGGGACCUACAUUGACUACAGACUGGCCCAGCGGCGGCCCCAGAAACCCAAGCAGGACUAGGCCUCUGCAGGCUGCGGCCUCCACGAGCCCUGUCCCGAGACUCAGCCGGCCCUUCCAGUGGUGGUGGAAGGGAGGGGAGCAGGGCAGGCGCAUGACCCCCAUUUCCCAACCCUGGGGCAGGAGCUCAGAGAGGCCUGAGAUGGAUCGUGCCUGCCCAGACUGACCAGGGCUGUCCCGUACAGGCAGCUGGCCAUGUGGGGAGACGGAGGGGCUGGCCUUGCAGGUCCAUCACCAGGUUCUGGGGUCCCUGGUUGCAGGGAGUGGUCCUGGGGGUGGGUCUUGCUUUAAGACCUUCUCUGCCUCCAAUUCCUUAUAAAUAUGCCUGCAGGAAGAGCUGGGUAAGCCAGAGGACUCAGGUGGAGGGGCCACAAAGACAAAUGUGACCCCAUCACAAGCUAGCCCUGUUACCAAAGGCCAUGUCCUGUCUCAGCUCACCACCCUCAUAACUAGUCUCCUCCUGCCUCCCAAGGGACAAGAUAAGUGCAGAUGGCUGUCUUGAUUUCUCCAGAGCAGACCCCUGGGAAGGGUCUCAAGACGCACUUGUGAGGCUGAGUUGACCAGCCAGACGCACUUGGCUCUUGUUGACCCUCUGCACGCUCUCUAACGGGGUCUGAACCUCAGUUAGGGCACAAUGAUCCCUGCCUCCCUCCCUCAGCAGGACAUCAUGUAGGCGACAAUUUAAGGGACAAGCCAAGGGACCCACCAAUGCCCUCUGUUCAUCUGUUCCUGCAAAUGUGUGGCUGGGAUGUGCCCAGGAAGGCUGACAGGGCAGGGAAAUUGAUCUGAGGCCAAGCAUCCAGUGCUCCUGCUCCACCUCCCUAGCACAUUAGCGGUGAUGCCAGUGACUUAACCUACAGCUUGGGGAAGCUCAGAGGCUCUACAUUCAAGCCUCUUGGGGGAAAUUCGGCAAACACCCAUGUCCAAGCUCCACACUGUAUUUCCUGUGAUCGUUCCAGCAGACUCUGGAUUGCAGCGAGGGCUGUUGACUACAUGUGGAACUGUGAGAUGGAAGGGAUGAUGGGCGGCAGCUCCAGGGAGGAGCAUCGAACCAGAUAUCGUCCCUGGGAGGCUGGGCCUGGUGAUGUGGCAGCAUCUUGCUCCCUGGGAGGUGAUGGGCGUGCCAGGGAUGCUCGCUCGGGGAAUGUGGGCCAAGUCCUCUGAACACGAAGCUUGCCGAGGGGCUGAUUCCUGUGAAUUCUGAAAGGACUUGGGGCGUCCAGCAAGAGCAGGGGCUUAGAUGGUGGUUCCAGGGCUGGUGUUGCUGACUGGGGCGAGUGGACCCCCAGGGUGGGCAUGGAGUGGGGCACUGGCCGGGAGCCUCUGCCUUGCUGUAUCCUGGCUGAAUGACCCCAGGUGAGGACCAGAAACGCUGUUAUCACUGUUUCUGCGGCACCCGAUAGACUCACCUAUGCCAAGGAAACUUUUUUUUUUUUGGUUUCUGCGGGACUUGCUGUGCUCAGAUCCUCCGUUUAAGAGAGCUACAGACAUGGGGGUGCUGGUGAGCAGGAGCCGAGACUGUCUGGGGUGGGACUGACCAAGAGUUCAAGGUGUCCAGGGGGUGACGUGAAGAUGACCUAUCGCAGAGGGUCCCUUCUCAUUCACGCUCUGAAGUCUGCACAGGGGCAGGGGCUACCAUGCUCCAUUUCAGUUUGGCCUCUGUUAUAUCAGCCAGAGGCCAGCAAAACUCUAUGGUCACUCCCCCGUGUCACGGACAACUUGCCACCCCCACCGGCAGCCCAGGGCUCUGCCUGAAUAUUCUCGCCUGAUCGUAGGAUUGUCAGGAAGUAUGUUCUCAUUGAUCUCUAAGGAAAAUAUUGUUCGCUUUUUAAAAACAUGAUCUUGUACAGUUUUAUUGAUCUCUUUAAAGAAGAAAAAUCACAUCGUUGUCAUGAGCACGUACCGACGGAGCUAGGAGGGCUGUUCCGGGUUGCCCAGGGCUGUCUUGGUUUUAAAAUGGAAAGUUCCACGUCCUGGAAAACCCCUCAGUCCUGGGCAAACCAGGUCACGCUGGAUGGAAGGAGUUAGAUGUUCAUAUGAUGUGCCGAUGUCUUGUCAGUUGUAGAGUUUUGUGUAAACCUGUGUGUGGCCUGCGUGUCCACAUGGGUGUGUAGGAUGGCGCCUACACACAUACCUGAGGUUACCUCUUGGUCCAGUGAACCAGAAUCCUGGGACUUCUUCUUCUUUUUUUUUUUGAGAUGGAGUCUCACUCUAUCGCGCAGGCUGGAGUGCAGUGGCGCGAUCUCGACUCUGCAAAUUCCGCCUCUCGGGUUCACACCAUUCUCCUGCCUCUGCCUCCCAAGUAGCAGGGACUACAGGCACCUGACACCGCGCCCAGCUAAUUUUUUGUAUUUUUAGUAGAGAUGGGGUUUCACCGUGUUAGCUAGGAUGGUCUCGAUCUCCUGACCUUGCGAUCCGCCCCCCUCGGCUUCCAAAGUGCUGGGAUUACAGGCGUGAGCCACUGUGCCUGGCCUUUUUUUUUUUUUUUUUUUGAGAUGGAAUCUCACUCUGUCACCCAGGCUGGAGGGCAGUGGCGCAAUCUUGGCUCACUGCAACCUCUGCCUCUGGGGCUCAAGUGAGUCUCCUGCCUCAGCCUCCCGAGUAGCUGGGAUUACAGGCGUGUACCACCACGCCCUGCUGAUUUUUGUAUUUUUUAGUAGAGAUGGGGUUUCACUGUAUCGACCAGGCUGGUCUCGAACCCCUGACCUCAAGUAAUCUGCCUGCCUUGGCCUCCCAAAAUGCUGGGGUUACAGGCAUGAGCUACUGUGCCCGGCCUCAGAAUCCUGGGACUUCUGCUGGAGCCAGGGGUCAGAACAGACUGCUCUACUGGGGCUGCCUGGCAGGGAGGACAGAAGCUCGAGGCAGCCCCAUGAGAACACAGCCACCUGGAAAGAUGGUGGAAGGGAAGAUUCUGCCAACCUCCUCCGACUCCCUGUCUCAGUUAUGCUGGUCCAUAAUUUCUUUUCUUUUUCUUAAGCCUGUUUCAUUGGUUUCUGUUCCUGGAAAAUGGACACAAUUCUGAUGAAUUCAUGUAUUCUGCAUCCACGUGUCAGCAUCUCCAGCCUUGCGAUGCAGUGCCUGGCUCAGAACAGGCAAUCAGGCCAUGGCAUCUGAAAGAACGAGAGGGUGUGCCCUGGCCAUAUCUCAGGCAGCAGAUGCAUUCAGCUGCAGGUAACAGACACGUAGACGAACAGUGGCUUAAGAAAGAGAGGCUUUAAAAGUAUUUUGUUUUCCUUUCUUCAUGUAGCAAGAAGUCUGGCAUUUGGCAUGCCCAGGCUGUGGCGUGACAGCUUCAUGAAGUUAUCAGGGUCUCAGACCCUGCCAUAUUUCUGCUCUGCCACCCUUAGCACAUCUAUUUGAUCUUCAUGGCUACAAGAAACCUGCUGCUACUGCAGGCAUCUUACAUGAGUUCCAGGCAGGAAGAGAAAGGAAAGGGUGACAGAGACAGAAAGCAACGUCCCCAGACACCCUUAGUUUUCCAUCUCAUAAGCCAGAAUGAUGUCACGUGGCAUCCCUGGAUGCACAGGAGGCUGAGAGAUAGUGGUGUUUGUUAGCUGGUCUCAUUGCCGUCCCGAAUGCCAAGUUUGUUAUAAAGAAUCAGAGGCAAAAUGGCGAUCAGGCAGGCAACUGGGUGGUCUCUGCCACGGGCCCCUUGGCCAUUCUUUGUAAUGAUGGUCUUUGUCUUGGACCCUAUUUUGGAUAUUUGGGCAUCUUUUGUGGUACCCUUGUGUGCUGCUUUUGCUGUUGUCUGCCCUUCAGGAAUAGCAGCUGAGUCAAGCUGUCCUUGGCUGCUCCAGUCUGGAGUCAGAGGUUGGAGAUUUCCAUGGCUCCCCAUGGCUCCUUGGGGCCUCCUAAGAAAAUGUUUUAAUAAGGAAAUCUAAGGCUGAGACAGACACGCUCCUUCUUAGAGACACAUGGGAACAUGCCUCUGCUCACAGCUGGUAGCCACAGAUGCAAACUGUAGCCCAUGGAAUGGAGACAGUGAAGAGUUGAUGGAUAAAUGAAUAAUGAUAAUGGACAGCAGAUACAUAAAAGGCAUAAAAGGAUAGUGGUAGGGCUGGAACGUCUCCCCCACAAUUCAUAUGUUGAACCCAUAAUGCCUAAUACUUCAGAAUGAGACUAUAUUUGAAAAUAUGGUCUUUACAGAGGUAAUUAAGUUAAAAUAAGGUCAUUAGAGUGAGCCCUAAUCCAAAGGAUGGGUGUCCUAAUCAGAGGAGGAGAUUAGGACCCAGACACACACACACACACACACACACACACACACACAGAGAGCCAGGUGAGGACACAGGGAGAAGAUGGCCAUGCACAAGCCAAGGCGAGAGGACUCACGAAGAACCAGCCGACUCCACCCUCCAAAACUGUGAGAACAUAGAUGUCUGCUGUUUGAGCAACCCCAUCUGCAAGCAGUCAGCAAGCAUUCAUUGCAUACUUGCAGUAUUCAAGGCACCACAGACACAAUGUUGAAUAAGGCAAAGCACCUGCCCUCAGGUAGCUUGCAGUCAGGGAGGUAAGGGUAGUGGGCAGAGAGACCUGGAAACAGAUAUUAGACCUGCACUAAGCAUGUGUGGUUAUUGAAUAGUAAAAAUGUGGCCACCACAAAUUGUGAUAUGAUUUAAGUAAAAUAUGUACUGGCUAUUGAAGACUUGGCACAUUAGUAAUGGUAAAAUCUCAUUAGUAAUGGUUUUAUAUUGAUUAUGCAUUGAAAUGAUACUAUUUUGGACAGAUUGUGUUAAAUAAAAUAUUAAAUUUGAUUUUACCUGUUUCUUUUAUUUUCAUUACUUAUCGGCCAUGAUAUUUUAUUUAACUUUUAACUUUUAUUUUAGGUUCAGUGGUACAUGUGCAUGUUUGUUAUACAGGUAAACUCGUGGGGGUUUGGUGUACAGAUUCUUUGUCACCUGAGUACUAAACUUAGUACCCAAGAGUUAUUUUAUCUGAUCAUCUCCCUCCUCCCACCUUCCACCCUCAAGUAGGCCCCAAUGUUUGUUGUUCCCCUUUAUGUGACCAUGUGUUCUCACAAGUGAGAACAUGUGUAUUUGGUUGUCUGUUCCUGUGUUAGUUUGCUAUGGACAAUGGCCUCCAGCUCCACCCAUGUUCCCGCAAAGGACAUGAUCUCAUUGUUUUUUAUGGCUGAAUAGUAUCCUAUGGUGUAUAUGUACCACUUUUUCCUUAUCCAGUCUACCAUUGAUGGGCAUUUAGGUUGAUUCACCUAUUCCUUUUAAUAGGUCUUAAUAUGGCUACUAGGAAAUUUAAAAUCACAUAGAUAGCUUAUAUUAUUUUGUUAUGGACAGUGCUGUGCUGGACCUUCAUAAUGUAGUAAAAGGGUGGUGGGUGAAUGCAUGGUGUGUUAGAGGAACACAGGAGGGAGCUUCUUGGAGGAGGUUCUUAGUCCAUUUAUGCCUGAGGUUGCCAUUUUUUGAAUUUUUGCAAUCAGACCUUGGUGAUGACCUUGAGCAGUAGGAUAUAUAAAUAACUCCCACGUGCUUAGCAUUCCAAUAAUGGAACACUGGGCAUAAAUGGGUUGAGUGAUAAUGUUUGGACUGCAAAUCAGAACCUAUGAGAUGCAGCUAAAGCAAUUCUUGAAGGGAAAGUUAUAGCCUUAAAUAUUCAUAUUAACAAAUAGGAAGAAUGAAAACAUGGAUUAGGCAUAUGGCUCAAUAUAUUGAACAUAAUAGAACAAAACUAAGAAAAACGGAAGAAAUAAAGAUAAGAGAGGAAAUAUAUGCAUUAAGAAGUGAUAGAAUUAACAAAUGUACCCAAGUGCCAGAUUUUUGAGGGGCAUGAAAAAGGAUGCUGCUAGUCAAUCCUAUCAAGAAAAAAGAACACAUAAAUGAAGUAAAAGUCUAUGGGGAAAACAACCACAGAGAUAUAAAAUGGCAAAUAACCACAGGAAACUGGCACUGGGAUACGUAAAUGAUUUUGAGACUUUGAAAACAUAGAAAAUAUAAUUUAUUUAAAAAAAGACUCCAAAAGAGAUGUAAAGUCUAAACAACUUGAUUACCAUAGAAGAAAUAGAAAGUUGUCAAAGUCAACUGUCCUUAAAAAAAAAAAAAAAAAAAAAGGUAUCAGGCCUAGAAUGUUUUAUAGGAGGAUCCAACCACACCAAAAACGAACAGGUAAUUAAACACUAUUUAAACUGUUCUAAAGGAUAAAAGAAGGAACAUUUUUAACUUCUUUUUAUGUAACAAGCAUAUCAUUGAGGCCAAGAUCUAUCAUAGAUGGCGUGGAAAGAGAAAACACACGCCAGUGUUGCUUGGGAACAUUGAUGUAAAAAUAUUAAGUCCCUGAAUUAAGCAGCACAUUAGGGGAGUAAAUCAUUGCAACAACUGAGUGGAAUGGAUUCCAGAAAUGCAAGGAUGGUUGGAUAUUAGAAAAACAAUUAGAAAAGUGGAAGAAAUCAGAGGUGCAAACACUGGGAAGGAAAUAAUUAUUUACAGAGAGAUGGAUGAUUUUCUUGGAAAAUGGAAGAGAGUCAACCGAAAGCAAUUGCAAAUGCUAAUACCAGAAUUCAGUCAAGUGAGUGGGUCUAGAUCAAUACAGAGAAACCAUACACACAGCAAUCCACUAGGAGAUGAGAAGCAUGAAAGACCCCAUUUAUAAGAGCAACAUAAAGAGCAGAAACAUGGUUGGCCACUGUGGGUGAUCAAGUUAGGGCUCACAGUGAUUUCCUUUAGUCUGUUUUCAUGUGCAAUUGCCAUGGGUGCUGUAGACAAGAUUUAUUAUGGACACAAGACCCUGACAGUGUCGAGGCUGGUGGAGAAGCCCACACAAAGCUGGUGUCCGGCCUGGGGGCCCAGGUGACUUGCAGGGGAAGCUGGUGGCUUUGCCAUGUUGCUGAGACUAGGAGGCCUAGAUAAGCUAGGGGAACAGCCUUGCUGGAGGGGCUGUGGCCGGGGACCACUGUGGGCUGGGGACUCUACUUGGACUUUCAGAGCACAGACGCUGACUCUCCUUCCCCACGGCUGCCAAGUCCUGUGCUCCUGGACCUGUCACUACCAUGGAGCCAA